GUGUGUGUGUCCCCAUUCGCAAGUGGUGCAGUGUCUCUGUUCUUGUCGUCCCCCCCCCCCCCCGUUUUCAGUUACCGGGCCUGCUCUCCCCACUCGGGCUAGAGUCUACAAGGCCUUUUGGUUGUUUGCACUCUCUUUCCCCCCCCCACCCCCUUUUGCGUGUCAUCCAGCCACCCCUCUCCUCAUUGCCGGUCAGAAUGUCUCGCUCUCUGAUGUUCGCCUCGUCGUUCGCGUCGCGCGUCGUCCGCGCGCCCUUCGGUUCCCUGCCGUCGAUGUUCCAGUCGCUGAACGUCUCCUCCACCAACCCGGUGAGCUCCCAGCAGUCGAAUCCCUUCAUGGUCAACUCUAACCCCACCACUCGUGCUACGACCAACAGCACUACCACCAUGUCCGACACUGCCAGCAUUUCCGAGUUCAUCCGCCAGCUCCCCCCGCCCACCGUGCAGGAGGUGCUCGAUGUCAUCGGCAAGCGCCCCAACCCCUCGGCCUACAUCACCUUCACCAAGUGGGCCCUCCAGCAGAUCCCCCAGGACCGCAAGGUCCGCUCGCUCCUGAGCGAUGUCGCUGCUUGCUGGCGCGAGCUCGGCCCGGAGCGCCGUGAGGUCUUCGACCAGGCCAACAAGAUUGUCCACGAGGACCCGGAUGCCAUCUGGUUCACCGUCAAGCGCUCGGAUGUCCUGGCUUACCUGAAGAAGCACGGCACCGCCCGCCCCCGCUCCGCCUACCUGAUCUUCGUCACCCGCAACUACCAGCAGGUGAAGGAGAACGAGGAGAAGGUCCUGGUUGAUGGUGUCCUGCAGCCGGCCGUCGGUGGCAAGGCCGCCGCCUCCCGCCGCAUGACCGAGCUCGCCUCCAUGUGGGAGACCACCCCCGACAAGGCCACCUACGAGGCCGAGGCCGCCGAGCAGCGCGCCACCUUCGAGAAGCUCGUCAACGACACCAUGGUCCAGCUGACCGCCCGCGUUCAGGAUGAGCCCGAGCUGGUCAAGGAGCUGAAGGAGCUCCGCACUGCCCAGCGCAACCGCACCAAGAAGCGCAAGGCCCGCCGUGCCCGCGCCAACGCCGAGGAGGGCGAGAGCGACGAGGAGGAUGGCGACUUCGACGACGACGAGAAGGAGAAGUCCCCCACCCCGGAGAAGAAGCCCCGCAAGACUGCCAAGAAGUAAGUGAAACCCGCUUAUUCGCUUUCUCCCUUUCCCGUCUGUGCGCUUUUGUAAGAGUAGGCGGCGCGGUGCGCCCGGCCAUGCGCGCGCGCGCGCGCCUUGCGUGUGCUUCCCUUCUCCUCUGUCUCUCUCCUUCCCCCCUGCUGUGCGCGCAUGUGUGCGCGUGAUGAAGCGCGCGCGUGCGUGUGUUUCUCCCUCCCCUCCCCCCCUCGUUCUCUGUGUCCCUUCCCUGUGGCUCUCUCUCUCUCUCUCUCCCUCGCCUUCCAUCGCGCUGUGUCGCAAUGCAAGGGUGGGCGGGGGCGUGUGUUGCAGCUACCGAGUGGCAGGUUACCGUUGAGGCCGGUGCGGACGGGGGGGAUGGGUGUUCAUUCCGGCCCCGGGCACGGAGAAACCCAAAAGAGAGCCGACCUCUCCUUCUUCCCCCCUCCCGCGCUUGUCGAGGGAGGAGGAGGAGGAGGAGAGGGGCGCACGCGCGAGCACACGCACGCACACACAUUUUCUCCACACGCGCGCCGCCCAGACGUGUGCGCGCGCGCUGGCCAUGGAAGGGGGUGUUGAAACCCGGUUCUUGUUCCUCCCCUCCCCCCCCGGUGUCCCGGUCCCCCCCCCCCCCC